UCUAGAACAUAUGGCUGGUGUGUUUGCUUCGCCUACAUACCAUUGUAUUCUUCACUGCAGGUUGGAGACAUUAACCAGUAUAGCCUAUUUGAGGCAUCUAUCAAUGGGUGCAUUGUGAGACAGUGGGGAGUUCAUUUGAUCUAUCAGGAUGAAUGAAUAUCUUUGAAGCGCAGACUCAGAUAGAUUGCUUCAAGUACACCUACGCUGAAAAAGAGACUAAAUUAUGCUGGGAUAUAAGGGGAUUACCAAGAAAUAGUUUAAGACAGCAAGACUUGGACAAAAGCUUUGUUGCUGAUCUUCACAAACGUCUGAAAGACAUAGGAAUCAACGUAUUCAAACCUGAUGUCAACUCUGAAUGGGGAGAACAAAUUUCAACAGAAAUCUUAGAAGCCAUCGAGGAAUCAAGGAUUGCCGUUACCAUCUUUUCCAAGGACUAUACUUCCUCCCCACGGUGCUUGGAAGAACUCACUAAGAUCAUGGAGUGCGUUGACAACAAGGGACAGGAAUUCUUCUUUGUCUUCUAUAAAGUUAAGCCAUCAGAUGGCUUAAGUCCAUUAGAGACUUUUGAGGCAGAUAUCAAGGGUUUUGAUUUGGAGAAGGUGCAGAGGUGGAAGGACGCUCUCCGUAUAGCAGAUGACAUGGCAGGAUCAAGAGAUUAUUUUGCUGGAGCUCAAUUUUCCCAUUGGGAGGAUGGAAAAUGUAUUGCGGAAAUUACGAACAAGAUAUGUCAGGUUCCAAGAAUUGCAAAAUAUCCUGUGGGAAUCAAAUCCCGUGUAGAGGAAGUAAAAUCAUUGUUGAAAGUUGAAUUUGGCGGUGUUUCUUUUAUCGGGAUAUGGGGAAGGGGUGGUGUGGGGAAGACAACAGUUGCAAGAGAAAUUUUUGAUGAGAUCUCUUGCCAAUUUGAAGGGUCUUGCUUUCUUAAUGUUGGGAGAUCUUUAGAAAAGCUUGGACCAGGAGGCCCAGCACUUUUGCAAUGGAAGCUUCUUAUAAAAAUCUUGAAGCAACAUCCUGUGAAUGUAGCCAGUUUAAAUAAAGAAGUCGAUAUUAGCCAAAUACUUCAGUUCAAGAAGGUUUUAAUUGUUCUUGAUGAUGUGUAUAACUGCCACCAAUUGGAAUAUUUGGCUGGAGAGCAUGGUUGGUUUGGGGAUGGGAGUAGAAUCAUUACAACCACUAGAAACAGUGAUUUACUUUGCAAGCAUGAUGAGUUAUAUCGUGUCCCAGAACUGACUAAUCAUGAGGCUUUAGAACUUGUAAGUUGGCACGCCUUUCAACAAGGAACUCCUGUUAAAGAGUUUCAAGAGCUCUCGUGCUGCAUAGUAGAUUAUGCGAAAGGCUUACCCGUAGCAUUGGAAAUGUUGGGUUCUUUUCUUUACAAACAAGGGACAGAAGAGCACAGUGCAUUACAUAGACUCAACAGUUUCGGAGAUGGGAAAAUUGUUAAGCUACUCAGCUUAAGUCUAGAUGCUUAUGGCAUAUACAAAGAUAUGUUUCUUCACAUUGCAUGCUUCUUUAGAGGAAAACAGAAAAAAUAUGUGAUGAAAAAACUGAACAUAUCAGAAAUGGGAAUAAACAUCCUUACUGAAAGAUCACUUUUAUAUGUCUCAGAAGGAACUAUUGAGAUGCAUGACUGGAUAGUACAAAUGGGUUGGCAAGUGGCACGUGAUGCUGAGCAGCUCAAGCCAUGGAAUCGCAGUAGACUAUGGCGUGAAAGUGAUACGAAAACUGUUUUUUCUGCAAAUCAGAUUACCAGAACUCUUACAUUUCCUGUGGCCCCUGAAAAUGAAUCGAUUCAGAAAUGGAAAUAUGAUGCCUUUCUGAGUUUUAGAGGAGAUGAUACCCGUAAUAACUUUGUUGCCCAUCUUUAUAAACGCUUGGAAGACAUAGGAAUCAAUGUUUUCAAAGAUGACGUGAAACUUAAAAGAGGAAAGUUUAUUUCCACGGAACUCUUGAAAGCCAUUGAGGAAUCAAGAACUGCCAUUAUUAUCUUCUCCGAGGAUUAUGCUUCAUCCACCUGGUGCUUGGAGGAACUCACAAUGAUCAUGGAGUGUGUUGACAAGAAGGAACAGAAAGCAUAUCCUGUCUUCUAUAACAUCGAGCCAUCAGAUAUACGCAUGAAAGGUAAGAACAGCAGGUUUGCUAGAGCAUUGGACAAACACGUGGAAUAUUUUAAGUCUAAUUUUGAAAAGUUGGUAACCGAACAUGAGGAAGAUCUCCAGUAUAGUUUGCAGAAGGUGUUAGCCAUAGACGAGACAGUCCUCAAGGAUAAUUUGGAGAAAGUACAGAGGUGGAAGCAUGCUCUACAUAAAGCUGCCGGUAUAGCAGGACUAGAUGUUCGUCAAACUGCCAGUGGGAAUGAAGCAGAAUCUAUAGAGAAGAUUGUAAAUGAUAACUUCCAAAUUAUGCACCAUAGUGUUUCAGCUACUGAAAAAUAUUUAGUGGGAAUCGAAUCUCGUAUGGGUGAAGUAGAAUCGUUAUUUAAGGUUAGAUCAGGUGAUGUCUGUUUUGUUGGAAUUUGGGGGAUCGGUGGCAUUGGCAAGACAACUGUUGCAAGAGCUUUUUUUGACAAGAUUUCGUAUCAAUUUCAAGGGUCUUGUUUUCUUGCAAAUGUCAGAGAAGAAUCAAAGAAGCAUGGGCUGACGUACUUGCAAGAUACACUUCUUUCAAGACUCUUGAACAAAAAAAGAAUGAAUAUAGCAAGUUUUUAUGAAGGAGCCGACAUGAUAAAAAGAAGGCUUUGCCACUGGAAAGUUUUAAUUGUUUUUGAUGAUGUUGACGAUGAACACCAAUUGGAAUAUUUAGUUGGAAAUCAUGACUGGUUUGGUGAUGGCAGUAGAAUCAUUACAACUACUAGAAACCAAGAUUUACUACGUAGUCAUGACCAGUUAUAUUCUGUUCCUGAAUUGGCUAAAGAUGAGGCUGUCGAAGUUUUUAGUUGGCAUGCUUUUCAGAAAGGGACUCCUGAUAAAGAGUUUUUGGAACUCUCCAAGUCUCUGGUAGAUUAUGCUAAAGGCUUACCCUUAGCUCUUAAGGUCUUUGGUUCUUUUCUCUACAAACGAGGCGUAACUGAGUGGAGAAGUGCAAUAGAUAAACUGAAAGAUACUGGACAUGAAAAAAUUGUUAAGCAGCUCAGUUUAAGUCUAGAUGGAUUGAACCAUGAAGAGAAGAAUGUAUUUCUUGAUAUUGCAUGCUUCUUUAGAGGAAGAAAGAAAGAUGAUGUGAUAACAAUACUGAACAGUUUUGGCUUCCGAUCAGAGAUUGGAAUUGAUGUCCUCAUCCAAAAAUCACUUUUAUAUAUUUCAGAAGGAAUGGUUGAGAUGCAUGAUUUGAUAGAACAAAUGGGUCAGCAAGUGGCACGUAAUGUGGACCAGGACAAGCCAUGGAAGCACAGUAGAAUAUGGCAUGAACAAGAUAUAAAAACUGUUUUCUCUGCAGAUCAAGUAAGAAUUCCUCUAUGCUGGAGAUUUUUGUUCUCUCUCUUCCAUUAUGUGGCCUUUACUGGGAUUAUAUAUCUUUUUUUUUUGGUUUGGACAAACUUUAGCACUG